GGUGUCUCCCAAAGUGAUUUUAAGCACUAGUUUUUUUUGGCAAAGCCCACCUAUUAAGAGCACACGCGCCCAUUUCGUUGAGUUCUGACCAAGAUGAGGCUUUGGCUUGGCUCCCUCCUCCUCUGUCUGUUCUCCCUGUUGCAGUCCUCCAGGGGCCAGCUCUUGGUGGACUUGCUGCGGGACUUUGAGACAUCGCUGCUGAAUACAAGGAUCCCAGAUACCACGCGCUUCUUGCCGGAGUAUGACUUCAUCAUUGUCGGUGCUGGCACCGCAGGCUGUGUCCUGGCCAAUCGUCUGAGUGAGAUUACUUCAGCGAGUGUUCUGCUGUUGGAGGCGGGCGAUCAGGAGACCUUCAUCAGUGAUGUGCCCCUGACAGCGGCCCUGACCCAAAUGACCCGCUACAAUUGGGGCUACAAAGCGGAGCCGACCGCCAACGCCUGCCAGGGCCUGAAAGAAGGCGUUUGCAACUGGCCUAAGGGGCGUGGCAUUGGCGGUACCAGCCUGAUAAACUUCAUGCUGUACACGCGGGGCCAUCGAAGAGACUACGACGAUUGGGCGGCGGCUAACAACUCGGGCUGGUCCUACGACGAAAUCCUGCCCUAUUUCAAGAAGUCCGAGCGCAUUGGCAUACCCGAGCUGUACAAGUCGCCGUAUCAUGGCCGGAAUGGACCGCUGGAUGUCCAGUACACGGACUACAAGUCGCAGCUGCUGAAGGCAUUCCUCAAGUCGGGUCAAGAGUUGGGCUACGACAUCACCGAUCCGAAUGGAGAGCAUCUUAUGGGCUUCGGCAGGUCGCAGGCCACAAUCCGAAACGGUCGACGCUGCAGUACCAGCAAGGCGUUCAUCCAGCCAGUGGUGCAGCGCAAGAACCUGCACAUCUCCAUGAAGAGUUGGGUCACUAAACUCAUCAUUGAUCCACUCACUAAAACGGCCGUCGGCGUGGAGUUCGUCAAGCAGCGUCAGCGAUUUGUGGUGCGGGCCAGAAAGGAGGUCAUCCUCUCCGCUGGCACCAUAGCCAGUCCCCAGCUGCUGAUGCUGUCCGGUGUGGGGCCCGGCGAUCAUCUCCGGGAGCACAAUAUCACAGUGCUGCAGAAUCUGCCGGUGGGGUACAAUCUCCAGGAUCACAUCACCCUCAACGGCUUGGUAUUCGUGGUCAAUGAUUCGACAGUGAAUGAUGCCCGCCUUCUGAACCCAACGGAUAUAUUCCGUUACCUGUUUGCAGGCCAGGGACCAUACACCAUACCAGGUGGAGCCGAGGCUUUUGCCUUUGUGCGUACUCCAAGCUCUAGCCAUGCUAAGGACUAUCCGGACAUGGAGUUGGUCUUGGGAGCUGGUUCCCUGAGUGGCGAUCGCUUUGGGACUAUGCGCAAUCUUUUGGGCAUAACGGACGAAUUCUAUGAGACAAUGUUCGGUGACUUGCAGAACAGAGAAACCUUUGGACUGGUCCCAGUGCUGCUGCGGCCCAAGAGUCGAGGACGCAUCUCCUUGCGCAGUCGGAAUCCAUUUCACUGGCCUCGUAUGGAACCUAACUUUAUGGAGCAUCCGGACGACAUACAAGCCAUGAUCGAGGGCAUUGAAAUGAUCAUGCAGGUGGCUCGUUCCAAGUCCAUGGUCAAGAUGGGCACUCAUUUCCACGAUCGACCCUUUCCCGGGUGUGAGCACUUGACCUUCGCCAGCCAAGAGUACUGGCGCUGUUGCCUGCGUCGCUACGGUUCCAGCCUGCAACAUCAGUCAGGCACCUGCAAGAUGGGACCCACUGGGGAUCCCUCGGCUGUGGUAGAUUCCGGCCUCAGGGUUCAUGGUAUUCGAAAGUUGCGGGUUGUGGAUGCCUCAGUAAUGCCAAAUGUGCCGGCUGGACACACGAAUGCUAUUGUUAUCAUGAUUGCCGAAAAGGCGGCGGACAUGAUCAAGAAUACGUGGCGCAUGAGGACCACAUAAAACAACCUCAAUGUGGUACCCUCACUUUUUAAUUUAUUCUCUAGAUAUAUAUCGUGAUAUGAUUAAGCUUGCAUGUGAUAAUUAAGUCAUUUUUUAGCACGUAAAACCUCUUUAUUAGCUUUCAAAAUUGUUUAUACGCACAGAAGAAAAUAUUUAAAUUAAAUAAAAAACGGUUGUAUUUUCCACCACCAUCUGGUAGAUGGCACUGAGUACCAAUACGUACUCUUGCGGAGAGUAGAAAAAACAAGAAAAUAGCUUUUCGGCUCUGUUAACU